AUGGAGAUCGAAAAGGAUGAGAGUAUUCAAUGGCCGAAGCCUAUAAGGACCAAUCCGGAGAAACGAAACAAAGAUUUGUAUUGUCGAUUCCAUAAGGACAUAGGGCAUAAGACCGAUGACUGCCGGCAGUUGAAAGAUGAAAUCGAAUUCUUGAUCCGAAGAGGCAAGUUGUCUAAAUUUACAAAGGAUGGAGAUAAGAAUCAUCGAGACAAUGACAGCCGAGGAAGAGACAACGAGGAUAAAAGAACUCAGCCUCGGGGGCCUGUGAUUAACAUGGUCUUCGGAGGACCUACGGCUGCAGGCACUUCCAAUAAUUCGAGAAAAGCUUAUGCAAGGGAAGUGAUGAGCAUAGUUGGAGAACCCCCGAAACGGGCAAAAAUUGACUAUGCAAUGGCAUUCGACAACGUCGACCUUGAGAAGGUAAAAUUCCCCCAUGACGACCCUUUAGUAAUUACACUGGUGAUUGGAAACUCGUCUGUAAAGAGAGGACUUGUAGAUAAUGGAGCCUCGGUGGAUAUCUUGUUCUAUGAUGCAUAUGAAAAGAUGGGGUACUCUGAUACUCAACUGACACCCUCGGAUAUGCCUAUAUAUGGCUUCAACAAUGUGGAAACAAAGAUCAAGGGCAUGAUCCAACUACCUGUAACUAUGGGUACCGAACCUAGGCAAGCCACGUGUAUGCUAAAUUUCUUGGUUGUUAAAGCUUCAUCAACCUAUAAUGCCAUCCUUGGAAGGACUGGGAUACACGCCUCUAAAGCAAUUCCGUCCACUUACCACAUGAAGAUUAAAUUCCCAACUAGGAACGGAAUUGGAGAGGAAUUGGGAGAUCAAAAAAUGGCCCGAAGUUGUUAUGUUGGAGAACUGAGAUCCGGAGGAACUGGGGGGCAAGUGCUGCCCAUAGAGGACCUUGAUGUCUGA